AUGCAUUUUGUGCACAGAGGUGUUGCAAAAUGUGUUCCAGAGAAGAUAGAAUUAACCGAGAAAGAAUUAGAAAAAAUAAUCAAACAAACUGCUGAUGAUCUAAGGUUAACUGAACAGGGAGAUGAUGAAAGUGAUGAGGAUGGUACAGUUAAUGAUAGGCAGCCACCUGUAAAUCCUGAUGAUGAAUUCAACUUUGCACAGUAUGAUGAAGAAGAUUCAUCAAACCCAAUACGAAUUGGUGCCGUGGCGACAUUGCCUAAUUUGGGGGAUCUUGGUGAUGAUGUACAAAUCAGGACUGAAGGACCAGACAGCGAUGAAGAGGAUGAUAUAAUUAAACCAACUGAUAAUCUUCUACUUGUUGGCCAUGUUGAGAGUGAUGCAAGUAUUUUGGAAGUGUACAUAUUCAACAAAGAAGAGGGUUCAUUUUAUGUUCAUCAUGACAUUAUACUACCAUGGUUUCCACUUUGCAUUGAGUGGCUGAGUCAUGACCCUACUGAUCCCCAACCUGGCAACUUAUGUGCACUGGGUGGAAUGGAUCCAGUGAUACAAGUUUGGGAUUUGGACAUUGAGAACUGCCUAGAGCCCGCUUUCAAGCUUGGCAAGAAACCUAACAAGAAGAAGAAAACAAAACGUGUCGGGCACAAGGAUGCUGUGCUAGAUCUAUCCUGGAACAGGAAUUUCACGCACGUGCUGGCGAGUGGCUCUGCCGACAGCACUGUAUUGUUGUGGGAUAUGGAUCAAGGAACGCCACAUACAAAACUUGACUGUUUUGGUGACAAGGUCCAGUCGCUGAGCUUCCACCCGCUGGAGGCGCAGACGCUGCUGGCCGGCGCGUGUGACGGCGCCGCCCGCGUGUUCGACUGCCGCGCGCACGAGACGCACCGCGAGUGGCGCCUCGCUGCGGAGAUUGAGUGCGUCUCCUGGGACAGCCACAAUCCGUUCUGCUUCGCGAUGAGCAACAACGAGGGGAAGGUCGCGUACGUGGACUGCAGACGAGAUGAACCCUUGUGGACUAUAGACGCGCACGAGAAAGAAGUCACCGGGCUUAUCCUAAGCGAGCAGGUUUCUGGUCUCAUGAUAACGGUCAGCACCGACGGCAGAAUGAAAACUUGGGACAUAACUAGCGCGGGCGCAUCCCAAGUGAGCGAGCGCUCGAACAAAACUGGCCAAAGCCUCUGCGCGGCUGCCUGUCCUGAGGCGCCGCUCUCGGUAGCGGUGGGAGGGGACAACAAGCAGUGCCACAUCGAGAUGGUUGACCUCACGGCCAGUGAACAAGUAAUGAAUCGGUUUGGAACACGGCUGCCGGUUGCUACACUCCUAGAGACAAAUGAAGCUAUGGACACA